UCAAUUCCACAAAAACAACAAAAAAAUGGCUCACUUUGUUUGGUUUCUGUUCCUUCUCCUUGGUUCUGCCACUGCUUGUGAUCGAUGCGUGCAUCAAUCCAAGGCUACUUUUGUCACCUCAGUCGAGGCACUUUCAUCUGGAGCUUGCGGAUAUGGAUCCUUGGCACUAAGCCUUGGCAAUGGAUUCCUCGCAGGUAGUGGUUCUCCUCUCUUCAAAAACGGAGCUGGUUGUGGUGCCUGCUUUCAGAUAAGAUGUAACAAUCCAAACCUGUGCAGCGGUAAAGGAACUAAGGUGACACUAACUGACCGCAACUACGAUAACCGAACCGACUUUGUUCUUAGCAGCAAAGCUUUCAUGGCCAUGGCGAGCAAGGGAAAGGCUCAAGACAUUCUGAAAGCUGGGAUUGUGGACGUGGAAUACAAAAGGAUACCUUGUGAAUACAAAAACCAGAACUUAGCCGUUAGGGUUGAAGAAUCAAGCCAGAAACCAUAUUACCUGCAACUUAAACUGCUGUACCAAGGCGGCCAGACAGAGGUUGUGGCCAUUGAUGUAGCUCGGGUCGGGUCUUCUUCGAGCUGGAACUCCAUGAAUAGGAACUAUGGGGCAGUUUGGGAUACAAACAGAUUCCCAAAUGGUGCGUUGCAAUUCAGAUUCAAGGUCAUUUCUGGGUAUGGAAGCAGGUGGAUUUUGGCAAAGUAUGUGCUUCCAGCUGACUGGAAAACUGGAGUUGUUUAUGAUACCGGAGUUCAAAUCACUGACAUUGCACAGGAAAAUUGCUCUCCUUGUGAUUAUGGGACUUGGUAAUGACAAGAUAAACAAAAGGAGAAAGAAAAUAUUUACGUUCCUAUGCAUGGUUUGAAUAAUAUCUAAAUAAUUGCAAGCAUUUCGCUAUGGGUAUGCUAUAAAUAUUUGUUUUCAUGAUUUGUAACAGAUUUUCAAUAAAAAAAUAUGAAUAAAAUAAUCCAAAUGUU